UCGUCCUAAACCCUCCCUCCCUCCGGCCUCCACCACACGCCGCGCAAGCCGGCCAUGGCGCUGUCAAAGUUCACCGCCCUGUUCUUUGUUUUCGCCUUCGUGGCAGCAGCGAGAGUUCAAGGAUUCGAGGAAGCUGCCGCAGCCGCAGAUCACCAAGUGCCUGAGCUAUCGUCCCAAGCUCAAGCUGCCGCUGCCGCUGGGUCCGGAGGCUUUCCUGGCUUUCCAUUGCCUCAGAUCCCUGGCUUCCCAUUGCCUCAGAUCCCUGGCUUCCCAUUGCCUCAGAUCCCUGGCUUCCCAUUGCCGUUGCCUCAGAUCCCUGGUUUGCCUAGCUUUCCUUUCCCGCCACUGCCUCAGUUCCCUGGCUUCCCACCGUUGUUUGGCGCGCCGGGCGGCGCUCCGCCGUCCCCCGGUCUGCCAACGCCACCUCCACCACCGGCCGAGUGCCUGACGCCGUUGACGGCCAUGGCGCCAUGCAUGGAUUACCUCACAAACAUCACAGUGCCGGCGCCCCCGGGCAUGUGCUGCAAUGGCCUCAAGUCGGUCGUCAGCAAGGCGCCCAUCUGCCUCUGCCACGGCAUGAACGGCGGCAUGAGCAAGCUCUUCCCCAAGCCCAUCGACCCGAUCCGCAUGCUCAUCCUUCCGGCCAGAUGCGGCACCGUGAUACCGAUACAGAACUUCUUCAUGUGCGCUACCCAACCCUUGCCGCCACUGACGCCGCCUGCCUCUCCUGCUUCUCCCGUGUCACCCGCGCCCCCGCUGACGACUCCUGCCUCUCCAGCAGCGCCUGCUACUUCUCCCGUGUCACCACCUCCAGAGGGAUCACCAUAGUAGCAACAGGAUGAUGGUUUCGUCGAGGACUACCCAAAGACUUUCGAUUAGUUUUGUUCAGAUAUAUAGAGUACCGAUUUGUUCAGAUAUAGUACCAACGAUAUGAUCCCAUCGUUCAGGAUUUAGCGACUAGUCAUUCAUAAGUAUAGUAAUGUAUAGGUCUCCGUUUCCAUCGUCAAUUGGACAAUAUACUCGU